CAAACACAAAGAAAAAGUAAAAGAACUAUAACUCUCGAAUAAAUCCUGAAGAUGUUUCCUUGUGCAACGUUUCAAAUCAAUUAUGAUGAGUCGAUGUAAGAACGCGUGACUCGCUAUGUUGACUAUGGUAAUCCAAUCGGAUAUUGGAGGAUAAAAGAACACAUAGAGGGAGGCUGUUGCUUGUGUACUUCCAACUGUACUAGAAGAAGUAGUUAUUGGGCAGAAUAGCGGGUUCUUUGUGUGGUUUAUUUUAUCUGGCAGCGCGCGUGCGGGACAAGGGUGCACUAGUAGACGUAGAGGUGAAGCAUUUUAUUCAUGUUGGCCAGUGUCACGACAUCAUUGAGCGUUCAAUUUAGGUUGUGAUUGUGGAAAAGCUCGAAAGUCAUUAUUCAAAUUUGUUCUCGAUUUCAAUGCGGACUGUUGUUGGACUGCGAGAGGCAGCCCCAGUGCCGUGUGGAUGAUCGUCUAGACUCAGGCGGGAAGAAGUACGAUCUGCACCACAGCAGCAUCCAGGAGGUAGUACAGAAUUCGUCAGUCUUGUUCUUCGUCUUACCGGUUGAUGCUGGCUCCUGCAUAGAUAGAUAGGGAAACCCUUGGAUGAAUAGAACAAAAGUCCGCUUUUUUGAUAUCAUAGCGAGCCUCCCUUCACUUCGACAAGGGCACUGAGUAUGAGAGCUCUUUGCUGAACAAUAUCAGCAAUUCUUUCACAGUGCUCUCUCACCACAAGAACUACAACAAUACUGCACAGGGCAUACACAUAAGCCAUCUUGUUAUAAUCACUUACAAUAUGUUCUUGGUGUCAAUUAUUAUUAUUAUUCUUUGUAGGUACCGAUGACUGUGAAUCAUAUUUGAAAUCUGUUGAGCGACAUGAUAAAGAAGUAAAAGGAAAAGUACUGGUCGUGUUACAUAAACUUAGACAUCUUGUUCACGAAAUACGUACUUUCACUGUAGUGAUCAGCGAUUGGAUAUAUUAUAAGGUAUUCUAAAACUUUCAGAUAGUCUCCAACCACUUUCGCACUCAGUGAUCGUUUUUGCAAACUAACCAACCGAAAAUGAAAAUAAAAACGAACCACCGAUGGCAUGAACGAGGUUCCGCUUGAAGUCCGCCUUGUGGAAUUCAGGCUGCAACAAUUGAAGUCAGUCGGAGGGUAGUCGGUUCCGUUCCCUAUUUGGUUACUCUUGGAGGUUGAAUUUUGGGGACUGUGUAUGAAUUCGACUGCCCUUGCUUCCCUCUUAGGUUACUUCGGGAACUGAAUAUCUGGGUCAUUGAUACAUAUCGUGGGUGGCUUUGCAGGUAUAGUUCCUUCUGGCUGUACCUUUUGCGAAAUUUAAUUGUUAAAUUGCUUUCGGAUUCGAUUAAAAUCCCAUAUGGCAACAUGUUGAUUUGUCACUCAAAUCUAUUCAUCAUUCGUCACUAGUGAAACUAAAAGAAAACGCGGAGAAGUAUCAGCCCACUCAUGUUGCUGACGGGCGUGGUUCUGUCUGAGGCCAUGUUUUGUCAUGCUUGAUCUCUCUCUGAAGAUGCCACCUUUUCUCGUACUAGUUAGACACAGCAUAUCACAACAUAGACACAGCAAAUUAGGAUCCCGGCUCGAGGACGAUGAAGGGGGGGAGGCAGUACCAUAGCGCCGUAGGAAGAGCUUCUGCUGUUUCUCGUUUUAUUCGAGAGAGCCCGCGUUGGAUAUUAAAAAAGAUUAAGAUGUAGUAAAUUGGACGUGAGUAGAGCAAGGCCUAGCAUUUCCAUUUGCAUAAACCGUCGAGCAAUAUAAUUUAUCGUACUAGAAACGGGUCCGCACAGGCUUCCUGCAUCUGUAUUCGCCAUCAGUUCAUUUCUCCGCCGCUUCUUCGAUAUCAAGGAUGAAGAAACUGCUGACUUACUUAUUUGAAAGCCCAACGGUGAUUUGCCGCUCCGCAGUGCAUCCUUGUAUAUACUUCCUUAGCUCUUGCAACGUGAGUAAUCCGUCGGAUGAAAUCGAUAAUGUUUAAGUGGUAGCGGUGACGCGUCUUGUUGUCGUAUAUAAUGAUCGCCUUGUCGCUCUGUACAACAGAAGCAGAGCUUACUCAUGCGCUGUCAAAGAGGCUCUCUUAUCUAGCGAACGACCUUGAGAUCUGAAAUGCUCGCACUGCUUUGCGAGGUGGUUUGGGUCCAGUGACGCUCAAGGCCCCGACAGGGGGAGGCUGGGUGGCUCCCCUCCCCGCGCCGGCUUGUUUGGUGAAUACUGUUCACUUUAUUAGAUAUAAGGGGCUUGCUUCCAGGUCUUGGCUCGGGUUCUCAGCCUUACGCUCCCUCCCCUCUCCUUUUUUAACAUUUCCAAAAUGAAUUUAAUUAAGGUAAUGACUCCACGCCCCUCCUGUUUGUCGUCUCGUCCUUAAGACACUUCGCCCAUCGAUUCUUCUUUCUUACUACCAUUCUCAUUAAUAACCAAAACCAAAUGUGGUUCAUACUGCUUUUCGACAUAAGAAGGCACACACCAGCCGCAGCAACGAACUGGCAGUAGAAGGUUUCUAGUGAUAUAGAGUUUCAUUAUGUACAAUUGCAAUUGGUUGCUACAUGACCCAUAAAAAGUUAGUUGUAGAUGCUGCUAAGUUCGUUCCAUGGCCUAGUUAAGUAUAUCUAUAGAUACUGAACAUCAGGAGUUGACCUAGUAGCUUUUCCCGCGUGCGAGAUCACUACUCGCGUUGCCGAUUAGCGUGCGCGGAUGAUGAGACUUCUGCGUAUAGACAAGAAGGGCAUAAGGAUGAUACUAAUUUGGAAAACUGAACGAUCUACAUGAAAGCAGUGUAAUCGAAAUAUCUUCAAGAGCCGUUGUUAACUGCCCACUUCGUUUGAGAAACGAGCACUCUGCUUCACCGCGAACACCCAUGCAUUGCUGUGUGCUUUAUUGUUUAGACCAUAUAAUCUUCGCCACAUCCACAUCGAUCACCUCGGUGCUCAGGGAAGCCGGAUGUUUUGGGUGUGUGCCAGCCAGCUUUCCGGGUAGUCCCUGCCGGGAGCAGCUUGGUAUGAAGGCUCUCCGCAUAUACAUAAUAGAGUAAGGCAAGUAACGGGCUUCGAGUUGCAGCGAGUUGCCCGAGUUGCUGAAGCGAAGGGCCCCAAAUCUGGAACGAGUUGCCACGAGCUGCCAGAAGGAGGCUGGUCCGCCGAAAUGGGGCGAAGCAGGGCGGCGCGGGCGCCGAAGUGCUCGCUCGGCAUGCUCGGCGCCGUCUUCGCGGUCUCCUCCCUGCGCAAGAGAAGGCCGGGGGGCCGCUGUCUCCUUCUGUUUGGGAUCGAUAGCGGCGCGCCGCUCCCCACUCGGUGGGGGGGGUCAAGUGCGUCGCCCAGCCCCAGCCUGUCUGUUUGGGGGGCGUCAAGGCAGGUUUUGACUUUGGUCCCGCUGCGUUGCGGUGUGGGGGAUUCGCUCCCGCCGGGGUGGGUGCGUGGCCGGUUUGCGGCUGGUGUGUGCCGCGGUGACAGUGGGGGAAAUGCUGCGGGGGCUGAUGUGUGGGCGGGUAGCUGUGGGCGCUGUUUCAUGUUGGUGGGCAGCUGGGCAGGCCGGUGUGGUACAUGCCACACCCCCCAGGGCCCCCGCGUUGGGCCCUUUGCGGUCAUCCGGCUGCCCCCCGUGGCUGUCUUCCCCUGGCGGAUGCCCCACCCGUAGUGCUCUUGUUUCUUACUUCAACGCCCCGCCAAGGCUGCGCCUGCAGCGAUAAGAUUUAAGUGGGCAACUCGAGCAGCCCGAGAAACCCGGCCCGAUACUGGUCAAAAAGAGCCUACCUCUAACAAAGGCCCCACUGUUUAGCAGCAAGAUGAAGCUGGGGACUUGGUCGCAAUCCUUUGCAGAUUAAUAGGGCGCCACAACUAGCAGCAGCGCGGGCGUUGACCCUCGUCCGCCUUGUGCUUACGAAGGAAAAAAGUCAGACUUUCCAUGCACACGAAUAGCAUCUAAAGACUGACUGAAAGGAAUAGAUUAAUCGGCAGGGCUUUGUUCUUCGACUUCAUGGUCGUUGGCUUCUGCACUCUUAAUCAUGAUGAUGGACGUGACAAGUACGCAUGAUAUGCCUUGAGUUUAGGCUUCUGUAAUCGCGAGGUCCACACGUAGCCAUAAGCAUAACUACCUGUCAGCUCUUGUUGGACGAAAAGAAAAGAGUCCGCGAAGGUCCACCGUAAAGGGCGAAGUUCUCGCUCAAAGACUAACGGGCGAAGUUCUCGCUCAAAGACUAAUGGGCGAAAUUCUCGCUCAAAGACGCUAACAACCCAACAGACUUUGGGGAUGAUUACUGAACUGCGUUACUUUCUGGGCGUUCACCUAUCCCGAUAAAUCGUAGUUGUAGUAGUACUUGUGAUAUAUUGAAUUUAAGCGGGGCGAGCCUCCAUGUUUUCUCUGUCGUAUCUAGUGGGCGCCACGCCUACGCCGUGUCCCAGCUUCCGGCUCAGAAGGAUCUCCAGUUGCACGCUGGCCUUUGUACAUUAGGACUGGAUGGCGUAUUCUCAGGAGCAGGUGCGUAUGAGUUUGCAGGAUGUGGGGAAUUAUAGAUAAAACACAAGUUUCAUUGUGCUCAAUUGUUCAGCAUCUUUGUGCCGAUAGGGCCCCGAAUCUACGACCUGUCAGGUGUGUCAGCCGUUUUGAGACCAUAUUUUUCGAUUGUGCCGCGAUGUAUUGUUAUCCUCCUUGGCCUCAAGAAGCUUCGCUCUGGAGGAUAGUCCAAACAGGACAGCGAACUUCGCGCGCCUCGAAAUACGACACGAGCACAAAAAAAAAACGAGCACGCACGGGGCGCGCGUCAAUGACUCGCAGAUAUAUUACCGUCAGACAUAUAAAAGUAAAUAGCUUUAUCGGACCAAACUAA